AUGGCUACCUGCCACUGGAUUCUCCUUGUGUGUCUCACACUGAAUUUCUGUCAGAGGGCUGUGGCUCUGGAGCGAAAUGACUGCAACAGUUCUCCAGAAGACAGAUGUGAUUUUGUUUGUGACUGCCAAGACUGUAGUGACGAGCAAGACUGUGGUUAUCAGGGACGGAACUUUGUGUGUGAUUUUGAGCACGAGGGGAAGUGUGGAUGGACUGUCCAGUCAGAUGAAGGUGGGUACAUGUGGCAGAGACAGCAGAGAGGGAACACGCUCCCUGACAGCGGGCCGUCCUCUGACUACACCACUGGCACUUCCACAGGCUGGUUCAUGGCAGUGACGGCUGUGACUUCAGAUACUCCCAGAACCACUGUGCUUGUGUCCCCUACAAUAAAACAUUCCUCUCCUACCUGUCGCCUUCGGCUCAGAUACUUCAUCUGGGACUCAGGUUACACAGGGUUGGGUGACACCCCACUGUGGGGAUCGGUGUGGCAAAUUGAUGGCGAGAAAGCAGUGGUAUGGAGACCAGAGAGCUCCAGCAUCCGCAGCUGGAGGGAGGCCACCAUCUACCUGGGCCGUAUCUCGGGCCCUUUCCAUAUCCAGCUUCAUUCGAGACGCAAUGAAGGGAAGCAGGGAGAUGUGUCCAUCGAUCAGAUGGAAUUCCUAGAUUGUGCCCUGCCAGUUCCCCCUGAAAAUGGAACAUGCGGCCCUGGAUUUGUGACAUGUAAGCGGGAAGGAUGUGUGGAGGACUAUAAAGCGUGUGACGGCACGGAUGACUGUGGUGAUGGAACAGAUGAAGAGAACUGUGUAUAUACAGAGGGCAUGAGCUGUGACUUUGAAGAUGGCGCUUGUGUAUGGGACCUACGAACGAUAUCAUCCUUGAAAUGGACAAGGACCAAUCAGAUGAAUAUAUCACUUUCUGAGCCUCUAAAAGGACCUGGAAGAGACCACACAACUAAUACGAUGGCAGGACAUUUCUUGUAUGUGACCAAACCUGAUGUCAUGAAGAGUGAUUGGACGUCUUUUCAAAGCCCUCCCCUGGCACCUACCAAUGACACACAUCCUUGUCGGAUGGUAAUGUACACACAUCAGUUUGGCCGAGUGUCUGGCGGACUUUCUGUGUUGGUGGCCGAGAAGCAGAUCUAUCCUGUAUGGGAACGUGGAGGUGCUCUCGGAGACUUGUGGGUAAAGGCUGAGGUGGAGUUUGUUGUCAACAGCACGUUCCAGAUUCUGUUUGUCACUGCCAUUCGAGACCAAGCUUACGGAGGGAUCGCUAUCGAUGAUAUUGUGUUGUCCCCUGAGUGCCACUUAUCCAAUGAAUCAAUGUCACGUCCAGAAUUUCCAAAGCCUCCCGCUCACCCUUGCACAGAUGACGAUCUGAAGAUCUGUGACUUUAAGGAGGACUGUCCUGCUGGAGAAGAUGAGGCUCAGUGUGGGGACUUCUCGUAUGAGCUGGGAAGCUCUGGCUGGACAGAUACCAGUAUAGGGAGCCAAGCUUGGGAGCUAAAACUGGAGUAUAAUGACAAUCUGAAAGAGGAGUUCCUGACUGUGACUGGCGCUCCUGGGCAGCAGCUAAGUGAAGCCCAAACUCGUACCCCUCUCUUGGGUCCAUCAGGUCCAGCAUGCAUCCUUCAGUUCUCCUACAGUCUCAGCGGCAGUAACCCACACAUAGGUGAUCUGGCAGUGUAUGUUGUAGACAGUGUGUUAGGGACUCAUCCUGUGCUGUGGGAGUUUUCUGGAAGGACCAAUGAGAUGGCAGGGAUUUGGGUAAAGGAGGAAGUCUAUGUUGGAGCCAGAGAUCAUCGCCUUCAGUAUCUGUCUGACUGUCUGUCCUUCUUCUACAAACUCUAUGGGCCAAACACAGGUGCUCUCAGUGUAAACCUGCUAUUUGCUGACAGCUCAGAAGAGCUUUUGUGGACGCGCAACAGUGCCCAUGGAAACGUUUGGCAUGAGGGCCAUUGCUCUGUGCCUCCUCAGCUCACCACUUUCCAGCUGGUGUUUGAGGCCACUCGCUCUGGUUUUGACGGUCAGUUGGCUUUAGAUGAUGUGGCGUUUGUGGCAGGACCAUGUUCUUUGCCUACUAUGUGCUCGUUUGAGAGUCAGACUUGUGGCUACACCAGUUCUGGAAGAGCCAGGUGGAUACACCAGAGUUGGGCUUCAACAAAAACUGGACCCAAGACGGACCAUACCUUGGAGACAGAAAAUGGUUUCUACAUGCUGGCCCACAGCAGUUCUGACGUCCUUCCCGAGGGCAGUGUGACCACCUUGACUUCCCCUGUGCGUAGAGGUUUGUCUCACACCGAAUGUGUACACUUCUGGUACCAUACAGGAGGAGAAAAACCAGGCACGCUGAAAGUCUAUAUAAAGCCAACUGAUGGAAACAGGAUACAGUUAUUCUCCAGUAGCAUCAGGCAGGGACAUGCUUGGCGUCAUGGCCAAGGCAAUGUCAACUGGCAUGGGGAUUGGCAACUGGAGUUUGAGGUGAAAGGUGAAGGAGACCUAUUCAGUUUUAUCGCCAUUGAUGACAUCACCUACUCGACUCACAGCUGCCCCACAACAGAUAGCGUCUGUGAUUUCGAGAAAGGUCUGUGUGGUUGGUCCAAUACUCAGAACCCAUCUGUAGACUGGUUAGACUGGGACCUGACUAGUGUGCAAGCUGAGAUGUUCUACAGCACACCACCAUAUGACCACACACUAUACACAGAAGAAGGACACUUCUUGGUCCUUCCUAACUCCCAGCGUGACACCGCUACCCAGAAUGCCUGGCUGCUGAGCCCUCACCUGGCACCAACCAAAGGAACCUGUCUGAGCUUUUGGGUUUAUCAGCCAACCAUGUAUGACACUAAACUCACAGUGUGGAGGCUGUCUGAAGGGACCAGACAUGAAUUGCUGACGUUGCAUGAAGGAGGUGGAAACUGGAAACUCUUCAGUGUCAAUAUCACCUCAGAAACAGAGUACCAGAUUGUACUAGAAGGAUUUAAAGGCGAGAAGGGUGUUCUUGCUUUGGAUGACAUACGCUAUACUGUCGGGGUGAACUGUGCUGGGCAGAAGACAGACCAAACCUCAUCUGACAACACAGGAACCAUUGUGGCCUCUGUUGUAGUCGUCAUUGUGCUCUUAAUGCUUCUCGCUGCCUUGCUGGUGUUCUACCUGAAGGCUAAACAUAAAGCCAAUGCUUUAAUACAGGAGUCAAACGUAUCUCAUAUAAACUGCGUUGGCUUUGGCAAUGACAUGUAUGAAUCUGGAAAUGCUGAACGUAUGGAGGGGGUGAAUACAAAUACAGGACCGUAGGAGUUUGUUUUGGCGACUUUGCCACCAACUGGCAGCCUUUCAGUAAAACAGUCGACAUCACAGCAGGAGAACUACUUGUGUCGCUGUGGCAGGACUAGCCCAGUCAUAACACAUGCAAAAACAUACUACACGAUAUAGAGUUAUCUUUACUAAGAGUGAAAUAUUGGGGUCAAAUAACUUCACUAUUGGCUGUUCUAUAUGCCAUCACAGGAUAUAAAUUAACGUCUUCAAACAAGUAGACCAAUCCAAUAUAAUGUAAUUUAAUAUAUGAUCUACAGUAUAAACAGAACAGCAGCGUAAACAAAAAGCAAACAAAUCAACAAGCCCCGUGGUAUUAGAUGUCCAUGAUGUAUAUUGUUAGAGGUUUUGUGGUGUAAGUGUUCACCAUGGCCAUCACUGAGAAAGAUGUAACUAGUGGAUGGUCUUUCAACUUUAUGGAUUCUCUAUUAAAGAGGUUCCAGAAGAAUGCACUAAAUUUUCAAGGCUACAAUGCAUAGUUUUUGUUAUG